UUCACAUUAAACCUGCAUUAAUUUCAACAAUUUACACCUCUGGAAGAUGUACAAAAGGUGAGGUGUGGUGGAUGUGCACACGACCACUCAUGAUUUUUUAAAAUGCUCUUUUCCUCAUAAACCUAUCGAUUUCUCUCUCUCUAAGCGCCUUUUAUCUAUUUUUGAAAAAUUAAAAAUUAGUCUGGAAUUGUACAGUUGUGAUAAACUGUUAAAUUUACAAUGAGUUGAUGUGGGAACAUUUACAUUAUUAGCAGAAAUAAUAAAACAUUAUUUUUCUCCCUCUUUUCCCGACAGCAGUGUCGUUUCCCGGGUGGGGUUGUAAAAACCAAAACACUCCACCUUAUCCAGCGCACCACGUGAUCUGAAAUCUGUGCUCUGAUUCGUCGACCGCCCUGUCAAUCACUCCGAAGGGGCUCUUCAGACAGGAGUUUGUGGUCGGAGCAGAAACAGCCGUCAAAGCAAAAUGUCCUCAGUGCCUGAUGGAAAGAAGCUGGUCCGGAGUCCCAGCGGCCUCCGCAUGGUCCCGGAAAACGGCGCCUUCAACAGCCCCUUCUCCCUCGACGAGCCGCAGUGGGUCCCGGAUAAAGAGUGUCCGAGAUGCAUGCAGUGUGACACCAAGUUCGACUUCAUCAGAAGAAAGCACCACUGUCGGCGGUGCGGCCGGUGUUUCUGCGAUAAAUGCUGCAGUAAGAUGGCGCUGCCUCGCAUGUGUUUCGUGGAUCCCGUGCGGCAGUGUGCCGAGUGCAGCCUGGUGUCCCAGAAAGAGAUGGAGUUCUACGACAAGCAGCUCAAAGUGCUUCUGGGAGGUGGCACCUUCGUCGUCACUUUGGGAACGUCAGAGAAGUCUGAAACCAUGACGUGCCGCCUCUCCAACAACCACAGGUAUCUGUUCCUGGACGGUGAAAGCCACUUCGAGGUGGAGCUGUCUCGGAUGUCCAGCAUGCAGAUUCUGACAGACGGGACGAGUCCAGGAGGGACGUCACGGGCCAGUGGCAUGCUGCUCCAUUACAAGCCAAUGGGCUCUCAGGACGCCCAGCAGCUCCGCAUGGAGGCAGCGGACGACAAGAAGGUGGCGUCGUUGUGGUUGGCUGCAAUGCACAAGGCGGCCAAACUUCUGUACGAAGCUCGGGACCAGUGACGUGCAGAACCUCCAGGCAGCACACACCCAAGUGUUUUGUACCCGUCUCACCGGGGUUUGGUAUCUUUUUGGAUUUUAUUAACGCCAGUUCUGAUUCUGCUUAUCCGUCUGAUUCCUCAUCGGGUCUUGAUACCAGUUCUUAUCAUGGUAAUUUUUUGCAAGAAAGAAAAGUUUAUAGAAAACAAACACUUUAUUACCUCUAUAACCAGUACUUUGUACUUCAUGUUUACCACACGUGGGCUGAUUGUUCUUCCUUUUUGCAUUUUGCUCUUUGAUUUGAACAUGAAUCAGGGCAUGCAGCAUUAAUGUUUAUAUAUAUAAAGGUGUAACAGACUGAGCAGUGAGGCAGCAGGAGAAGAAGCUUUCCAACACUAGUUAGUAUCUUCUGACUUUUGGAGGCUUCUGCGUCUGAUUCCUGCUCUUUUACUUUCUCAGAUUUGAGAACUGGACAUUUUGUUCGCCACGUGAUCCUGUGAUACUUACAGUUCGUUUUUAUAACAUCCAUGAAAUGUGACAUUACACCUUUCAUAAAACCAUUUUUUCAUAACUUCACAGAUGCCACAGUUGUUUUAAUGACGACACGAUAAUUUUAUAUGCUGCUGUUCCUUUUUUUUUUUUUUUUUUUUCUGUCAACGAGGAUUUUAUUUCCUGGUAGAAGUGAUGAGACACUUUAUGGAUCCCUGUGGGAUCUUCGCUGACCCUGCUUCCGUAGAGGUCGGCCAAACAGCACCAAGUAGGGACGGAGCGUCUCGCUCAAGGGACCUUCAGCAGAACCCAGAUCUUCCACAUAAAGCAAAGGCCGCAGGUUAAAGGACAAAUCCGCCUUAAAACCCUUUAAAGCAGAUAGAAAAGCAGCUGUGUGGGAUGGACUUUGCAUUUCAGGGACUUUGUUCGGUUUAGCUUUUGGUAAUCUGGAGAACACAGUGCAGCAUUUAGGAACUAAAGAGCCAGAUAUUUCCCUCAGCAGGUGGUGGAGACCAAAAACAGAGCUAAAAGAGAGGGAACACUGGGCCCCCCUCCACAUGAAUGAUCAGGUUCUUCUGUAACUGCUGAAUGUGGAGAUUAGCAACUGUUUGCUCUCAAGCUCAACAUGUAAACUUAAAGGUCAAAUGCCAGUGUUGUGUUUACGACUUGGCCAAAUGUUGUUGUCGCAGGUUUGAAUCAACGACUUGAGUCAACUGCCGAAUAAAUCUAGACAUUUAUACACAUGCACAGGUGAAUUUAAAUAGACCUGGCAGUUGUGACACAGCUGGGUUGGAUGCAAAUUGGCUGUUGAAUAUUAAAAUUAAAUGUCAGGUUUUAAUGCCAGUUAUUUAAAAUCAAGGGCAAAGACUUUUCUCUCGGUGUUUCAUUUUAUUUUCAACAUUCAUACAGUGGAAUAAUCAUCCGAGCAAAGAGGCAGAGGCCUUUUGUACACUCACAGGCACAUGAAAUAAACCAGAUUGUAACAGCAAAUUGAGCAGGCAGUGAGGGGCAUUCUGGGAAAUGUAGGACAGGUAGAAGAGGCAGCUUGAGAGAAUAAUCCCCUGAAAUGCAAAGAACAUCACAGAUUCAUCCACAGUUUAUAUAAAAGUGACAUCACCUGGUUGGUUUUUCCUUUAACAGUUGAGUUUGAGAUUUAAGGUUCAGGUGACACGUUAAUGUUUUCCUCUCUGUGGGUUGUGUCAGUAACUCUUCCCUCUGCUACGAGUAUUUACAGAUUUAAAUCUUUGGGCGUCUGCGUCUGAGGAGACUUCAGACUAUUCACUGAUUCUUGUGAAGCAUAAACACAGACACAUAAUAAAUGCUUUAAAUGUAGUUUCAUGUAUUCAAGUUUUGUAUGAGCUAUUUUGUUUAAUAUUCCUACUUUAACACGAGGUGUGUGUAAACGUACUUACAUCAUUUUUAAAGCUGAAGUAUGACUAUAGUUUUUGUAACUCUUGUAUACAGUUUGUUUCCUUAUGUCCUUACUCUGAGGCCUAAACAGAGUCUGUGUUUCCUCUCUGUGUUUUAUUGUCAUUGUGCAGAGACACAACCAGGAAGUCAACUCGCCGCCUUCCAUCAACCAAACGCCGUUCACCUCUGGUUGAGUUGGUGGGUUUGUCAGUUUGGCAGGUUGUUAGUCGUGGACCUAUCGUAAACAGAAACCUAGUUUAGACAGAGGUGGUGAGUGAGUUGACUAAAUUUUAGUGUGAGACGAAAUGAAUCAUCGCUGCAGCCAAAUAUAUUAAUAUAUGCUCCAAUUGUUGAGAAGAUUUCUGAAAGUCAGCCCCAGUCUGCGCCUCUUAUUUAUUAUCAUUUUCAUUUUGCGUCACAUUAAAAGAAUUCAACUUGUCAAACAGGGAGUGACUUUUAUUAAUCAGUUAGUCGAGGCGUCUAGAAAACAAGAUGCAUGUUCUACCUUUUUGACUUAUUUAUUAAAGCAGCUCAAGUUUUCUUGGUGGUGCUGUAAACAAACACACCAGUUGUUCUGAGUUAAAUGCCACGGAAACCACACGUGUCACUAAAUCAACCCUUUCUGCUGUUUUAUAAUGUUUCCUGAAUCCUCAACAACUCUUUUAUCUGCUGCACGUUGAUAAAGAUUUUUUACUUCUUUUAAGUAGAUGAAAAUGACAUUUCCUUCCCCAAAAGUUUUUGUUAAUGUACAAGUUGAGUAUGAACAUUUUUUUUUUUUUUAGUAACAUCUUAAUAUGGAGUUUGAAUCUUUUUUUUUAAAUAUUUUUUUCAUCCAGAUGUUUAGUAGCUGUAACUUCUUGGGUUUUCAAAGAUUUCUGGGUAUAGAUAUUUUUCACAAAAACAAAUGGCGAACUCAAUGAGUGAAAUUUAACUGUUAUACAUGAGGUGCAGACUGGGGCCGUCUGAAAGUCAAACUUCUUUUUAGUUGAUAUUUAAAGUUUUCCUAACCCCGAGUUUCUCCUGAUGCGAGUGUUUGAUGCCAUGUCAGCACUGUGACAUUACUCCUACAGAUCCACCCACAAAGCCCCAGUUUUCCUUUAAUUUCCCCUUAAAUUUUGAAAGAAGGAAAGAAAGCGAGAACAUUUUGAGGCACUGUUUGAUCCUAUAACAAAGUCAAGAUGUGUAUUUUUGACAUUUUCAUAAUUGAAAAUCCAUUUCAGCCUAAACAUGAAGUGAAUUUGUACAUUUAAGCUUUAAUUUAAGAUGAUGCAAGAUUGUAAACUAAGCUUAUGUGUUGUGUUGUGACACAAAACUCUUGACUGUGCUUACUAGCUUUUUCAGGAGCUUUCAGCCAUAUCUCACAGUCUUCCUCAGCAGGUGGUGUACGCUCAGUUGUCACCUCGUCACUAACCACCUUUAUAACAGGUCAUCAUACUUUAUUUGAAGUAUCCCGUAUGUGAUGAAUACUAGUCAAACUAUGCUGAGAUGCAGUUGAAAUCUCUGGAAAAAAAGAUAGUAAGUGGACCUUGAGUUAGGAUUUUUUUUUAAAAAACAAACACUUGCGUUUAAUUCACAACCAUGCGUGACCUUAAAUCUGAGUAAACACGUGCGUUGUAAAUGUACAGUUGCACUUCAGUUGCUAACGCCACGCGCUACAUUUAGCUGAGAUCACCAGGUGUCACUGACGUCACACUAAUUAUCAUCGUUUUUAAAUCUGGCUGGCUUGGUUUUUAAAGGAGCACAGGGCGGGAUGAGCGUGUGUUUGGCCUUUUUGUCGUCACGCCCCGGUGUAAACAACGUUCACCUCCUCACCUCCACUUUGUAACAUAAAGUUUAUUUUUAUACGCUGCUCAACCUAAGAACUGAAAUCACUAGUUGUCGUUUGGUUUGAGGCUUUCACAACAGAGACGCAGGAGGAGGUUGUAAAAGAUUUGUCUGUGUGGUCGACUCGAUGUGUUACACUCACCAAGUUAUCCAGUAAUGUACUUUUUCUUUUUCUUUUCAACCCCAUUAUCCAUUAUAACGCUCUUCCCCUCAUACGUGUGUUUGUGGUGAAGGUAGAUGUGAGGGCUGCACAGAUACUAAGAUCUGAUUCAUUAUCCCAGUAGGUUAAAUCUAAAAAAAAAUCCAAAUCAGACAUAUGAUGUUGGCAGUUGUGUUCAUUUAAAAUAUCAUCACAAUAACACGCUGCCAUAACGCUUAUAUAAUAAUAAUCCUUCCAAGUUUUCGUCAAAGAAACGCAACAAAAACCAGGAAAUAGUUAAUGUGAUCAUGUGACCUGCUGUGCAGCCCCUUUUUACACUAUCUUCACUUCAAGGUUUUUGUUGUAAGUUUGCACUACAUGUAAAAUCACCCCAAGUCAUUACUCAGCCAGUGUUUGUACCUGCACUUUAUAGCCAUCCUGAUGACUGUCCUUUAUAUCCCACUGCUUCGUUUAUUACGCUGAAAAUGCUGAACCUACACCCUCUGUUGGAUUAUUCUGUUGAGAAUAAAAUCAAGUGUUUAUA